AUGUUGGUCAAAAGGCAACAAACACACUUUGAAGUAGCUGCUUUGUUAACAGAAGCUUACACAAUUUCUGCAACGACAAGUAAUGCCGUAAAUGGAUUUAGAGCUUCGGGAGUGUGGCCUGUAAACCGAAAUGUUGUUUCUGACACAGAUUUUGUGGCAAGUGAAAACCUAAUGAUCCCAGACACUGUUGGACCCGAGAAGGAAGAUACUCCUAGCGAAGUUACAGAUGUGGCAAAUGAAAAUCAAGCCAAUCUUGCCCAGGAAGAUCCGGUCCCAUCAACAAGUAGACUAACACAAGAAGAAAAAAUGAGACCACAUAAAGAUAGUAAGACUGUUUUAAUUGAAAAAAUAAGUCCACUACCAAAACCAAAAAUUGUCAAAGAAUUGGGUGAAAGGGCUAGAAAAAGGUGGCACUACUGCCAGAAAGCCCUUAUAAAAAUGAGCUUGAGGAAAAAUAUGCCUUAAAGGUACGAAAAGGUGUAAUGAAGAAGGCUAAAGAGACUGCCAAAAAGAUAUUUUUCAAACCGAAAAGUCAAAACAAAAUACUAAAAAAGCUAAGCCUUCUAAUAGAGAAGAUAAAAUUAUAAUCGAGGCUAAUGCAGAUGACUGGUUUUGCACAAUAUGGCAAGAAUCUAUAGUUGAAGUUAUGAUAAAGUGCAACAAAUGUGAAACAUGGGCACAUGAAAUGUGUACUGACUUAUCACGACUUAAGGACGACUACGUGUGCGACUUCUGUCUUUAAACUUAUUUUUAUAAUUUAAAAUGUUCUUUUUAUCUAAAUUACUUAAUAAAACUACUGAUUUUAUAUAUAUAUAUAUAUAUAUAUAUAUGAGCAGUAGUCAUUGC